AUGCCGUGCGGCGGGUCGUCGCACUUGCGCGGUGCGGGCGGCGGGCCCCGCAGAGUGCGAGCUUCUUUUGUUCGGCUGAGGGGAGGGCCGUUGGACCGGGCCUGCGGUACGUCGCUUUAGUUAGGAGCUUCUUCGCGGCCACCCGGCUUGCUUCCUUCUCGGGUGCCACUCCCCCGGCCGGCCCGACGCGACGCGCCAGUAGCGCGGCACCGAUUCCUCUCGGGCUCCUGGGCGCUGCUCUGAGCAGCGUCACCCUUUACACCAGAAAGCUGGCGGGCACUAUGGGGAAAAAGCAAAACAAGAAGAAAGUGGAGGAGGUGCUAGAAGAAGAGGAAGAAGAAUAUGUGGUGGAAAAAGUUCUUGACCGUCGAGUGGUGAAGGGCAAAGUGGAGUACCUCCUCAAGUGGAAGGGUUUCUCCGAUGAGGAUAACACGUGGGAACCUGAAGAGAACCUGGAUUGCCCUGACCUCAUUGCUGAGUUUCUACAGUCACAGAAAACAGCACAUGAGACAGACAAAUCUGAAGGAGGCAAGCGCAAAGCUGAUUCUGAUUCUGAAGACAAGGGAGAGGAGAGCAAACCAAAGAAGAAGAAAGAAGAGUCAGAAAAGCCACGGGGCUUUGCUCGGGGUUUGGAGCCAGAGCGGAUUAUUGGAGCCACAGACUCCAGUGGAGAGCUCAUGUUCCUGAUGAAAUGGAAAAACUCUGAUGAGGCUGACCUGGUCCCUGCCAAGGAAGCCAAUGUCAAGUGCCCACAGGUUGUCAUAUCCUUCUACGAGGAAAGGCUGACGUGGCAUUCCUACCCCUCAGAGGAUGAUGACAAAAAAGAUGACAAGAAUUAACUCUCCUGAGUACCAGCCCCUGUCACAACUGACUGUGGGUUUCAAGUGGGAAGGGAAGGAGUUCUACUUGUCUUGACACCAUAGAGGUGGCUUGAGAAGAUGUCCUUUGAAGAGCCAGUAUAGUUUCUGUGCCCUGCAGCAGCCCAAGUGCUUUAAAGCCGUUCCAAGCUGUAUAGUUUGCACACCCGUCCCAGUGGAGGGAAGGGGGAAAGUUUCAAGGCAACCCGUUCUGCACUUUGCUGAGAAAAGCAAAGGACCUUCUAGGAAGGACAAAACUUGCAGAAUUGGGUGUGUGGGAGAGCAAAAAGAUACUGUGGAUCUUCAAAGUGCAUCUCCACAACCCACAGCCUUCUUCCCAAUAGUGUUAACUUUGCAUUUUACAGCGUAGCAUGUGUGUAGUUUUUGGCUAUUACUGGUGUAUUAUUUGGGGGUGGGAGGGUUGGGAUGGGGAAGAAGGGAGAUGGGUAGGAUCAUUUUGGUUAAAAUUUGGAACCUGAUUGGGGAAAUGGUGAAACAAUGGAAAGAAAAAACAACUAAUGAUUUGUUUCUGUAUCCAGAAUAUUUUACCUUUGCAAAAACUGUUAUUGGCAUCAUAAAUGAGGACUGUGAGAGACUGUUUAAAAGCUGUGAAUGCCUGAAACUUUAAGCCAAGGUGUUCCCUGCCUGAACUUAAUGCUGUUCUUCACAAAGGACUAAGCCAGUCAUAAGUUACCAAAGCUGCCAUUUUGGAGAUGGAAACUGACUGAGGAGGGAAAGUCUUUUCUUGGAGCAUAUACACAGGCAGAUCAUUCUGUCGUAGAGGUGCUAAUUCCUGAAAUUAGGCAAGAAGACCCUUUCUUUUCCAGUUCUAAAGUUAUAAAUAUCAGCUUGUCCAUUCAAGCCACUGGCUGAGGUGUUGGGGAAGGGGAGGAGGGUGGCAUAGGAGAGUGAGGAAGGACAAGGGCCCAUGCUCUUGGGAUGAAGAACUCUUGGAGCCUCUCUUUUUUGAACUUUGAACUCUGAAACCAUUGGUGGCAGGGUUCAGUCACCGACAGCACAAGUUUCAUUGAAUUAAUUCAAGGGUUGAAUUAUUUCAAAAGCCUUGGUCUCAGGAGAAGAUUAAAUUUUCAUACUGGGGCAGUGGUUCACUUUAAAACACAUACACACACACACAAAAAAAAACCAUUUUUUAAGAAAUCCUAAGAGUUAAACGAUACCCAAAAUGCUCUGUGUCUUGAGUCCUGAGAUCUAUCAGUUCUUGGUAUUGUCUAGACCUGCAUCUAGAGCUACAUUGUAAAGUCGUUUAGGCAUGUGUUAGGUUUCUGUGAAAACUUUGUUUAAAUGUAAACUUCAUAUCAUACUGUCAGUUUAUGUCUUAAUAAAACUAUAGAUUUAUAAUCCCUGA